AAUCUCUUCUUUCUCCCCACUACUCUGCUUGGUUCUAAGUUUUUCUCAGUUCCGAACAGACUGUUGAACCCAACAAAUUGAAGGGCUUUCCGAAUUCUGAUCUCUCUGGAUAGAGAAAGUGAGCUACCAUGUGGAGGCUUAAGAUUGCCCAAGGAGGUGGCCCCUACAUGUACAGCACCAACAACUACGUUGGGCGACAGACUUGGGAGUUCAACCCCGACUAUGGUACAUCAGAGGAGCGUGCUGAGGUUGAAAAGGCUCGUGAUGAAUUCACCAAAAACCGUCACUGUGUCAAGCCCAGCGGUGAUGUUCUUUUGCGUUUGCAGCUCUUGAAAGAGAACAACUUCAUUCAAACUAUACCACCAGUCCGAAUCGGAGAGGAUGAGGAGAUAAGCUAUGAGGCUGCUACUGCUGCACUGAAGAGGGCCGUGCAGUUUCAUUCGGCACUCCAGGCAAGCGAUGGCCAUUGGCCAGCUGAAAAUUCGGGUUGUCCCUUCUUCCUACCUCCAAUGGUCAUGUGUUUAUACAUCACCGGAGAUCUCAACAAAGUUUUUACUGAGGAAUAUCGCAAGGAGAUUCUUCGUUAUAUAUACAAUCAUCAGAAUGAAGAUGGAGGAUGGGGACUACACAUAGAGGGCCAUAGCAUCAUGUUUUCUACAGUUCUGAACUACAUUUCUAUGAGGAUUCUGGGAGAAGGGCCUGAAGGAGGCCGAGACAGGGCUGUUCCCAGAGCGCGCAAAUGGAUUCACGACCAUGGUGGUGCAACCUCAAUUCCCUCUUGGGGAAAGACUUGGCUCUCGAUAUUUGGAGUAUAUGAAUGGGAAGGCAGCAACCCUAUGCCCCCAGAGUUUUGGCUUCUUCCAUCAUUCUUCCCUUUAAGCCCAGAAAAGCUAUGGUGCUACUGUCGCAUGACUUACAUGCCCAUGUGCUACUUAUAUGGAAAGAGGUUCGUGGGUCCCAUCACACCUCUCAUUCUUCAACUAAGGGAAGAGAUUCACACUCAACCUUACCAUAAAAUAAAAUGGAGUAGAACCCGCCAUAUGUGUGCAAAGGAGGAUUUGUACUACCCUCAUCCCUUCAUACAGGACUUACUGUGGGAUACUCUUUACAUUCUUACUGAGCCUCUUCUAACGCGUUGGCCCUUCAACAAAUUGAGGGAGAGGGCCCUGAAACAAACAAUGAAACACAUCCACUAUGAAGAUGAAAACAGUCGAUACAUUACCAUUGGAUGUGUAGAGAAGCCAUUGUUCAUGCUUGCUUGUUGGGUGGAAGACCCAAAUGGGGAUGCAUACAAAUACCAUCUUGAAAGGAUUCCGGAUUACAUAUGGGUUGCUGAAGAUGGAAUGAAGAUGCAGAGUUAUGGCAGUCAAUUGUGGGAUACUAGUUUUGCAAUUCAAGCUAUAAUGGCAAGUAAUCUCUCUUUCGAUGAAAUCGGGCUUUGUCUUAAGAAAGGACAUGACUACCUUAAAAAUUCACAGGUUCGAGAGAACCCAUCUGGUGACUUUAAAAGAAUGUUUCGUCACAUCUCAAAAGGAUCAUGGACGUUUUCAGAUCAAGACCAUGGGUGGCAGAUCUCAGAUUGCACAGCAGAAGCACUAAAGGCUUGCCUCAUGUUUUCACUAAUGCCACCAGAAAUUGUUGGUGAGAAAAUGGAAAAAGAGUGCUUGUUUGAUGCAGUGAAUGUUCUCCUUUCCCUACAAAGUCAAAAUGGCGGUUUAGCAUGCUGGGAACCAGCUAGAUCAGAAAAUUGGUUGGAGCUAUUCAAUCCUACAGAGUUUUUCUCAAACAUUGUUAUCGAGCAUGAGUAUAUCGAAUGUACUGCAUCGGCAAUCCAGGCUCUAGUAUUGUUCAAGAAGUUGUAUCCCAACCAUAGAAAGAAAGAAGUAGAAAGUUUUAUCUCAAAAUCAGUGCAUUAUAUUGAACAAAUACAAAUGCCCAACGGUUCAUGGUAUGGAAAUUGGGGAAUUUGUUUCAUCUAUAGUGCAUGGUUUGCACUUGGAGGACUAGCUGCAGUAGGGAAGACCUAUGACAACUGUCCAACAGUUCGUAAAUGUGUUGAUUUUCUGUUAUCAACACAAAAGGAUUCUUGUGGCUGGGGAGAGAGUUAUCUUUCAUGCCCAAACGUGGAAUACACUCCUCUAAAAGGUGAAAAAACAAAUUUAGUGCAAACAGCAUGGGCAUUGAUGGGUCUCAUUCAUGCUGGACAGGCUGAAAGAGAUGCAACCCCUCUACAUCGUGCAGCAAAACUAUUAAUUAAUUCACAAAUGGAAAAUGGUGAUUUUCCUCAAGAGGAAAUUACAGGAGUCUUCUUGAAGAACUGUAUGAUACACUAUGCAGCAUAUAGAAAUAUAUUUCCACUGUGGGCACUUGGAGAAUAUAGAGCACGGGUUCUAAAACCUUCCAAAAACCUCAAAAAUUAAGUCCUAAAUAUUAUACUGCAUCUUUAUUUCUAUUUAAAUAAAGUGAUGAUAAUCUUCUCCUUUUGCUCU